AUGGAGCCGCCCGCGCCUGCGUCCGCGGUGGAACUUCCAGCGCAGGGGCGUGACUUGCUGCUUGGAGCGCUCGCGAGCGGCACUGAAGAAGCCAGCGCGCUGACCAGCAACAGCAACGGUCACACUGCCAGCAACAACAAUAUGGAUGACCUACUCAUGGACUCGUCGACCACCUCGACGCCCGCCGCCAUGACGCACGAGGUUCACUGGGAGGGAUACGUACGCAAAAAAGGGGACUGGCUGCCGCGCUGGGAGGAACGGUAUCUCAUCCUGGACGGGGCCACACUCACAUACUACAAUUCCAAGGAGGAGGCUCGCAGUGCGCGCAACCUGCGCGGCCGCAUGAUCAUCAAUAAGGUUCGGCCUGAGAACUACGGCAAGGCGCAUGGCUUCCUCAUUGAGACGCAGGGCCACAAGCAUUUCCACCUGUGCUGUACCACAGAGUUAGAGAAAGACAUGUGGGUCGAGAUGAUGCAGGCGGCUAUUGAGGAAGGAGUUCGCCAUGCACACAGUCGACUUUCGAUGGAAGGGAUGGAGGCACUACAGUUGCAGACGUCCCCCACACAGGUGGAUCUACGUGGCUUCUAUUUCGCCUUCCGCCAGCUUCUCAUCUCGCAUUCGUCAUCGCCGCAGUUUUUCCCCAAACUCUCGCGUGACGUCGUACUCACAUCCAAUUAUGCGCCUACUGUGCCUUUUUGGGGCGAAUAUCACGGUCUUGACGGUGUAUUGCACUUCUUCUCUAUCCUGUACGAGACUGUGGAGAUCACAGCCUUUUUCGUGACAGAUAUCGCUCAAGCCAAGGAAGGAUGCACCGCCGUGGUAGCCGGACGAGAGACCAUGAAGAAUAGAGAUAAUGGACGUAAAUUUACGCAGCAAUGGCAGCACACAAUCGAGUUUGCACCGGACGGACGCGUCAAGAGUCUCACCAUCUCAGCAGACCCCAUUGCUGCCUCAGCAGUGUUUGGAUGCAGUGCGACGUCGAGUCUGUCGCUGCCCAUGGCGGCAGUCGUGGGUAACGCAGUCCAUGACAAUCCAGCAGGGAGACUCCACGUCAUCGUGUUUCGUGGGGAACAAAUUUCAGACCAGGGAUUCGUUGACGACGACGAGCAGACAGACGGAUCUGAAGCUGACAAUGAUAAACGACCGUCGAACCGCCGUGUGUUCCUGGGACUGCGCUUGGUAACUGACGGUAAGACUAACGUGUAUGCUCCAACGUCGUCAGCCAACUGCGUCACUCGAACACGCACAUGCGACCCGGACGAAGCUCGGAAUCCCAAAUGGAACUCCAAGCACGAGAUCCCAUUUGCAGGAUCAUCACGUGGUAAGCCUUGCUUUAUCCUGAUCGAAGCGUGGGAAGUUGUGGACAGCGAUGGCACAGGGAAGGCCUCGGAACGUGUGGUUGGGGUCGCCAAGGUCAAUCUGGCGCCGUUCCUGGCACUGGCCAGUACGUCGCGAACAGUUCGGGAGAGUGUAAUUCACUCGGAUAUCGCCCGUGGUGCCGUGCCGCAGUGGUACACUCUACUGUCCGCAAACGAGACAAAGUUUACGUGUGGACGAGUACAACUCAGUAUCAGCUUCGAAGCCUCGAUGGCUUCGUUCGCUGCGAUGUCUCGUGCGACUGCAUCGCGAUCUGGCAUCGACGAAAACUCUCCCAGUUUGGACCUGAAUGCCCCAACGCCGUUGGUGCGUCCAUUAGGGGCUGUGGUCCAAUCAAUGAGUCAUCGUGUUGCGUUGGCUCGUGGUUGCUCUUUCCGCGAUACGAAACGUGACAACCACCAAUUUCGAGUAGGCAACACCAACUUUGAUGUUCCGAAGCGGUACCAGAUGAUCAAGGCGGUGGGUCAAGGCGCGUAUGGCUGUGUGAUCGCUGCUAGCGACACGGAGACAGGUCAAGCUCUCGCCAUUAAAAACAUCCCAAACGCUUUUAACGAUCUCAUCGAUGCCAAGCGAAUUCUUCGAGAAAUCCGUCUCAUGCGUCACCUGAACCAUCCGAACCUGGUGAAUCUGCUUGAUCUGCUUCGUCCUUCAACUCUACAAGAGUUUAACGAUGUGUACAUUGUGACGGAUCUCAUGGAGACGGAUCUGCACCGUGUUAUUCACUCGAACCAGUCGAUUAGUGAUGACCACGUGCAGUAUUUCUUGUAUCAAAUGCUGGUGGCUAUUAACUACGUCCACUCCGCUGAAGUUCUGCACCGUGACUUGAAGCCGUCCAACAUUCUAGUUAAUUCAGAUUGCGAUUUGAAGCUGUGUGACUUCGGUCUUGCUCGAGGGAUCCAGGGAAUGGACUCGGGUCUUACCGAGUACGUCGUGACGCGGUGGUAUCGCGCUCCAGAAUUGCUACUUUCGUCCAAGUACGACAAGCAGAUGGAUGUGUGGGCUAUUGGAUGCAUUUUGGCAGAGAUGCUGGGACGGCGGCCUCUAUUUCCUGGUCACGAUUAUCUGCAUCAGCUAAAGAUUAUUAUGGACGUGGUGGGAUCUCCGCUAGAAGACUCGCUGGACUUCAUUACCAACCCCAAAGCAAAACGGUUUAUCUUGCGCCAGCCUAAGAAGCCGAAGGUACCGCUCUCAUCGGUGUAUCCGCGUGCCAACCCACAGUGCCUCGAUUUGCUGGAGAAGAUGCUUGUGUUCGACCCGCGUAAGCGUAUCACGAUCCAAGAAGCUCUCGCUCACCCGUACUUGAGCCUGGUGCGUGAUCGGACAGUGGAGAGGACAUGCCCGACGCCCUUCGACUUCGCAUUUGAAAAUACAGACCUGACGAAGCAGAAGCUGCAGGAGCUGAUCUUUGAGGAUGUAUGCGCCUUCCACCCGGAUGCUCGCAUCCCCGACCCGGAUGUUUCAGCCUCUGCUGCUGUGAGCAGUGCCCCAAGUCGAGCACUUGGUCUUUCUAGAACUGAUUCGCCUUCAACUUCGUCUACAGGAAGAACUAGUUUUUUAGCAUCAGCCCCGGCUUCUGCACCACCUACUGUUGCUUUAUCAAAGGCCGUGCCUGCCCCAGUUUCUCUCGUUGCCCCAGCCAAUCUAUCAGGGCAACAGGCCUCGAUCGAUAGCGCUAGGCGACCCCGACCAUCUCCAGUUCGAUUACUGCCUCCGAAUGCGACUACUGUUCAUGAAUCCAGGGCUUCAGAAACGCCUCUAGAUGAGGUGGUAUCUUCCUCGACCUCGGAGCGAUCAUCAAACCCAUCGGCUGUGUCAGCAUCGUUGCCAAAUUCCUUCCCACCGAUGCCAACGGCAUCGAAACAAGUUCCAGUAUCGACGUUUGAGCACGAACGAAGUACUCAAGCAGACGUUGCUAUCGAGAUCAUGCAGACGCCAGCACACACCACCAAGGUAGCGGCAGAAGAAGCGGCGGUCGAGGUGUCUCUCGACGGCAUCGGAAGCAGUCCCAUUCACAAUGUAUCAGUAGCAGAAGCUGCAGUCAACGAGAGUGGCGCCACCGACCAAGAUGCGCCCAACAGCACAAGCGUAAGUAGCAGCGGCAGCGAUGGCGAGGGUGAGAAUGAGAAUGAGCUCGCAGAUGCACGCGAGUUGGAGGGAGAAAUUGACCUGUCGAAGAAGGAAGUGCUACAGCAGCCCAAAUCUCUCCUCACGCCAUCGUCGGUGGUGUGA